CAAUCAGCCAAUUCGGAGCGAGACUGCGCACCCGGCGCGCGCACGUCCGACCCGGCGCCUCCUCCCCCUUCCUACGGCCGCCGUGUUGUUGUCGUUGAUGACGACGGCGUCGGCAGCGGUGGAAGAGGAGGAGGAGAGGGGUUGGAUGCUUAUGGAACAGUUUAACCCCCUCCCCAACCCACUUCUUACCCCAAACGCAACCCCGUUAGAACAUGGCCAGCCCGUGUCACGGCCAACACUGUUCGAAGGAAAGGCGUGGCUUUCGACAGGAGCUUGACACUUGGAGGCACAAAGUUAUCCGCUGUGUAGGGUUUGAAAGCUUUUUGGAUUGGCUGUUUGGACCUUGACUUCUAAAAGAUAUCAGCCUAUUUGAAGGUGCCCUGUUUCACACUAACUUGACAAGAUGCUGCAUAAAGCUGUCAUUAGUUUGAUUCAACAUUGUGCUGCAGUCCAGAUCCAAUGCUAGACUCUCUGCUGCUUGCUGUUUAGAACAUUUCUGGCAUUUUGAUUAUCGCUUGGUGGUGAAUAAAGGAAAGUACAUUGGUGUUGCAUAUACUGAAAAUGGAUUGUGAGCUACAGAUGUUUCUGACUGGUCACUUGAUGAAAACUGUCUCUUUUCCUUGAGAAGAACAAAUCUGAAGGAACAUUUACUGUUCUUGAACAACCAAAAUCAGAAUUUAGAGAAGAGAAAUUGUCCAGACAGGAACAAACCAAAAUCAGCCCUUUGAGAAACAAACUGAAAAUUCCUCAAUGCUGUACUUCAGUAAGAAGAUAAUCUGUGGGUUGUGGACCCCACUAUUCCUUUAGUGGUUCGUGAGAUUAUGCAUCGAAUGAUCAGGGAGUUUGCCACUGAAUAUACCUCAAAAACUAGCACUUCUCAGGACUCCACUGUACUCUCCAGCAACAAGGACCAAAGUACAUCUAAAACACCUGUGCUCAGUGCCAGUGCUCCAAAUCCUGUUUUCAGCAAGGUUCUUAUGGCUGAUCAAGAUAGACCAUUGGACCUAACUGUAAAAAAAUCCUACUCUGAAUCAGACAAUCAAGAUGGUGUGCUUGAUCUGUCUACUAAGAAAGGUCCUUGUGCUGGCAAUGUUUCUACAAGCAAGUUUCUGGAUUGCUCAUCCUCUACUGUUUUAGCCAAAGGCACCAGCAAGAUAACAAGUCAAGAAUUGCAACUCAGUCAAGAGCCCCAGGGAUCCCUGGACCGGUUUAUGGCCAAGCUGUGCAGACAUCACCAGAAGCAGUUCAUGAGUGUGCUCAGCCAUAUGCACAGUGAAGCGGGUCCUGAGUCAGAGUUGGUGGAGCAUGAAGACAUGGCUGCCUCCAGCCCAGCACCCCAGCGGCAGCAGGCCAGAAGCACUGGAGAUCUCUUGAGGAGCAGGGACACCUUCCAGCCAUGCCCUUCCUUUAGUCGGGGGGCACCAAUCCAGAGCGGCUUGAACUGUGAGAAUGGCACAGAGGACAAAGGGACUCCUGGUGAGAGUCCCCGCUUGACGGGGAGUGAAGUCUGUGCUGCUACCUCUGCUGACUUGUCAGCAGCCUUGGGUAGCUCUAGUAGCAUUGCUGGGGCAAGGUCCUCCUCUAAAGGUACAUUGACAACUAACUGCCAUAAAAUGGGGAGCUUGGAAGCUUUGCAAAAGGAAACUGUGAAUCGGAAGUUGAUCAGCAACUCACCAUUGGGUCUGUCCUCUGGCGACUGUCCACCCAUACGUAGUCCUAGCCGAAUAGAAGGAACAAGUUCUUACAAUCAGAAGAACAAAACAGAGGGUGCUGUCACUGCUAGAGGUCAGAAAGAGUCUCUCCAAGAUCUCCCUGUACAGCUACUGAACCUGAGAAAGAACUUGAUUAAAAAUCAGAAUGGGCCUCAGGCCCCCACAGGCUCAGACCACAAAGCAGUUAAACGUGCGGUGGUUCACGGGAGCCCUCAGGAAAAUGCCGCUACCGCCAAAAGGACUGUUAGAGGUAAUCACAUGCUUCCAACAGCCACAAGCGCCAAAGAUUGCUGGGUCCUCUCCAAGACCCGUCCUGGUGCACGAGGUGCCAGUGGACGCCUGCGGUUAAAGGUGCAAUCUCCCCUCAUCAAGACGGCCAGAAAGAGCAGCAGGGUGACUGUUCCGCGGGCACGCUCUUCCACGUCGACCGUGUGCCAGUACGUGAACGAGCACGACAACCAGUGCGACAUUGUGUAUAUCAGUAAGCCUAUCACAGAAUGCCGGUUCGACGCACAGAGGUCCUGGUCUUCCACGAGAAAGACGGCGAGGAAAAGUACCCGCGGGCACCUCUGCAAUGAAGAGUACUGGGAGCUAAAGACAGUUCGCACUUCGGCCAGGAAGGAGAGCCUUACCCCUUUUGUUUCCAACCUGCCUGCCCCAGUGACCUUGAAACCAAUAGUCACUCUGCCUGUUAGUGGUAUUCCGCUGGCCGUUGGCACAGGUAUUCAUGGGGCAGAGGGGCAGGGAAAAGCAUUGCUGAAUCAAAAGCAAUUUCAAGAGCUCAAGGAGAGUCUAAGCGUAAGUUGCUUGGAAAACUGUGCAGAGAAGGUUGUCGAAGUAAGUCAGACAUCUAGUGUGUCUUCCAUGAAUGGCAGCAGUCCAGAAGGGGAACAAAAGAGGUGCACUCGCAAGCCUAGCAGCCCCAGCUCUGAAAACUGUCCAGCGGCAGUCAAUGAUGUGCAGGGUCCCAACAUUCAUGGUAGCAAAUUCACCACAGAAUGGGCUAAUCCCCAAAAUCAAAGUGAAAACGUGCUCGCUGUUUGCCCAAGUGCAGAGCCACACUGCGAGCUCCUGGAGGAAUGUACGAAUACCGAACAGACCCCAUCGGGAUUGGGACAGAUAGGUAAGGAAAGUGAUGAGAUGAAGUGUAUCUCACCAACAAAGGACAGGAGGUCUCCAAAUCACUUGGAGCCCAGUCUGAAUAAUGGGAGUCAAGACCCUUCUGUGCCCUCUGUAGAUAAUGUGGAAGUCAGUCCUGUUAAUGGUGUUGAGAUUACCCUUCCUCUUUGUGACCGGUAUAGCAAAGAGAACAAUGGUAGUAGUGAAAUGUUAAAUGGAGACUCAGCAGAGUUGAGCCAUAGUUUCUGCAAGCCAACACUGGAAUCCCAACCACCUGAACAUUCAAACAAGUCAGUCGAAAAUAUUGGAAAGGUGAAGGGAGAUAAGUUACUAACUGAUAAAGACGAGCCCAAAGAAUCAGGGGUUACAUUACCUGUACCGCCCGUAUCUGUCCCAUAUCCUGUCACAUCCAAGAGUGAUUUGCAUCCACAGCCAUCUUCCAUGGAUGAAGGCAAAAGUGGGUGCAGUGACCCUGGAGAGUCUACCCCGGAGACGAUGGAGGGGCGAGAUCUGGGAACUGAUGGCACUGAGUCCAAUACAGAAGUGAGCAAUCUGUGUCUGAGAGAGAAGAAGCCAGAAGACUUUGAUGCAAAUGUGCCUGACUGCAAAAGGGAAGAAGACAUUAGGUCCAUGAGAUCCCUCAAGUCUGGCAUAAAUUACAACAAAGAGGAGAGGCCUACUCCACCUGCUACAGAAAAGAAAAAGCCACGUAAGAAGUUGAUUCCACCUACUUCUGACCGACAUUUAAGGAGUCGACAAGUGCAACCACAGCCCGUGGCCAGUGAAGGUAAUAUUAAGGAAGAGUCAGCAGAUAGUGCUGAUGGCUUACUAGUCCCCUGUCUCAGUGUGAAAUUCCCGAGGAAUCAAGGUGAGAAAGGAUACAGGAGGGAAGUGUGCAUCAGCAAAGUGGCGUCCGUUCAGUUUCCAGUGGACUGCUUCAACAAGACCCUUUUGCAAAGCAUUGUUAAUCCCGAGAGCACAGUGGAUGAAUCGCUUGCUACCACUUCUGCGAAAGCUUCUGGAAAAGUGAGAAAGUCUACAGCCAAGCAGGUUACCUCUCAGGCUGUAGCUGAGGAGCGGGAGAACUUGGAAGAUGAAGAAUUGAUCACUGACAGUUUUCUAUGUGAGAAAAACCACCUCAAACGAGGUCGAAUUCUCGAGGUCUGUGUGGAUGUAAAAUCGGUCGAGGAGAGGCAAGUUUCCUUUUCUGUACAAAAUGCUGAAACCGAUGGUGUUUCAGAGCAUUCCAAAGGCUCUGUAGAUGAUGCAAGCCAUCAGCAGUCAAGCUCGCGAAAGACAAAUGCCCACAAAGGAAGUACAAAGCGGGCAAGUGGUGGCCUUACAAAGAAGGCAGCCAGCUUUGGGUCUUCACAUCAAAUGACAAAGGGAAUAAUUGCAAAAGUGUCAUCAGGGGACAAGAAGACCAGUAUUGGAUCACGUGAAUUGAGAUACUUGACAAUGUCCGUCAACAGUUCUGAAACAAGAGUGUUGGAAGAGGACGCUGAAUGCACUGAUAGAAAGCAAUCCACCCAUCUUCUCCAGGGGGAGGAAGAGUCUGAUCCAGCUGGCAUGAAUGAUGCCAUUGCUACUGAAGUCAGCCGACCGAAGUUUUUGGAUUGGUGCUCAGAAGAUGAAAACCAGGAGCUGAUCACCACCUUGAACGCCAAAUAUGAGAGUCUUCACAAGGCAUGGAUUCAGAUGGAAAAGGAUGGGACAGUGAUUCAAAAAGCCAAAUCCAGGUCUGAUCGGCUCAAGGAAAUUUGGAAAAGUAAGAAGAGGACACGCAGGGUCCGAGGAUUGUAUGACCACAAAAUAUCUCCAGUGCAGAAACUGUUUAUGGCCAACUUCAGCUUGGCCAGCAUUUGCAAGUGGUUCAUGGAGACAACAGAGACCAAGUCUCUGGUGAUUGUCAAGAACGUCAGUGCCAGGAAUCCAGUGGAAGCCAUAAAAAGCAAGACGUUCCUGCAGAAAAGCUCCAUGGUUGGCCUUUUCCCUAGUCCACAAGCCGAGCGGCUGAAGAAACACCUGAAAAAGUUUGCCAUGGCCUCGCCUGCCCGAAGCAACCCUAAGACCCGGGCACUGCUGGACAAGGUACAGAAGAUGAGCUUGGCGGAAGGAGAGCUGUCCAGGCAAAAGCAGCAGGGCCUACUGCCAGAUGCUGAAGGUGGCCUCUUCCCCAGGGACCUCUUUCUAGCCAAAGAGCCAGGUGGCCAAGAGGAAAGGGAUGGCCUGUCUUCAGGUAGGACGGCGCUCCAGCUAUCCAAACACUUGGGGCUGAAGAAACCAGUCAGUGCAUGGAUUCUGAGGAAGUACUCUAACAUGAUGGGAAAGCUCCACAAAUUUCAGCACGGGAAAGAGAAAGCGGGGCGAAAAUCCCCAGGAAAGCACAAGAGCAUUUGCAUGAAUCCCCUUGUCUCACCCAAGCCUACCUCGCAGACCCAGCUAGAUUCCCCCAGGGGCCUUCUACCUGUUGCCCCUCGUAAACUUGAGAAGAAGAAGGGAUCCAGGGACAUUACAGUGAAGGAGCCUCACUUGGGACGGGGAAGGACCUCUAAGUCUGAGGCUGUCUCCCUUAUUCCAUCCAAGUCUGUACCCAAGCGGUUCCCAGCGAGUCGGAAGCCCAGAGUUGACAGCAGUUCUAGCAAACAGCUGGCUCCCAAGAAAGCUGGCGGGAGCGGAAAAUCUAGCAGUCUGCUCAUAAAGACCUUCCCGAAGAAUGGAGAGAAGCGAUCUCCUGGUACUGGACUGAAAGUAGUUCCAAGGGCCAAGAGUAGGACCGGUCCUGGAAAAGAGGUCAAAGGAAAAAAGGUCAAGGCUAAGAGAAAGAGUGGUGUGGGCAAGGAGCGACUGAGCAAACCAGCCCAGAAGAAGGCUGGGCCCUCAGCCAAGGGCAGACAGCGCAACAAGACUGGCACUAAAAUUCAGAACAAGGCAGUCACCCCAGCCAAGCUCAGGCCAAAGUGUGAUGCCUCGUCAGAGGCCAAGCACAAUAAGAAGCGAAAGCCAAGUGAGAGGAGUGAGCCGGUCCCCAACAAACGGAAGCGGACAGAUGCAAAAUGACACGGUUGCCCAAAGGGCUCACUGUAAAUUAUUGUGUCUUUUAACAACAAAAAAAAGUUGACACCAGGAAGCAUUAAUUGUCGAAGCUGCUUUUAUAAUCUUGGGACAAGCCUUUGAAAUCACAGAGGAAAGAACUCGACUGUGAUCCUAAUUUUAUUUUUCUAAGCACGUAAGCAGAUGUCUUGUAAAGAAAAUACAGGGAACUCCUCCUCCUAGCCCCCCUCCUAACUGUGAAUAGAGUUUUUAUACUGUGCUAUAAAUGGUAUUGUUUUCUUUUGCCUGUUUGAUUUUUUUAUAUAUAUAUAUAUAUAUAUAUAAAAUAUUGGCCUGGCUUAGAACUGAUUAUGAGAGCUGUAAACGCAAAUCAAAAAGAACAGUGCCUUAUUUAAGUGUUGAGAGGUGAGAAAAAAAUGAUCUUUUUGCGUGUGUGUUUCUGAGAUUAAAGGUUUGCGUUGACAAUGGAGACUUGCUCUGUACUUGUUGCAACUCCGCCUGAGGCUUAAAGAAAUCUCAGCUGAAUAUGAAAUUGACCCUCAGAGGUUAUUCAGCCCAUUGUACCUGUGCGAGCUCUUUGCAAGAGCUUGCUGAUUAGGCAACCCCAUCUUCCCAUUGGAAAUUCUUCCCCCUUGAGUAUUUAACCAGUUCUCUUUAGAAAUUUAUCAGAUCUCCUUUGCUAUUGGACAGUGCAUUCCAGAUCCAUAGGGUCAGUGGGAACUCAAUUUAUACAUCCAUAUUAACCCUUGAGUCAUAAAGCAAAAACGAGCCCUUCAGCCCAUCUAAUGCAUGCUGACAUGGCUCCCAGCAAGGCUAUCUUAUUUACCAACCCUUUCCAACCCACGUAAGACUAUAAGAUAAUUGGAGCAGAAUUAGGCCACUUAGACCGAGUCUGCAGUACCAUCUUGGCUGAUUUAUUAGCCCUUUUAACCCCAUUCUCCUGCCUCCUUCUUAACCUUUGACUCCCACUAAAUAAGAACCUAUUAACCCCUGCUUUAAAUAUACCCAAUUGCUUGGCCUCCACAGCCAUCUAUGACAAUGAAUGCCACAGAUUUGCUAUUCUCUGGCUAAAGAAAUUCUUCCUCGUCUCUGUUCUAAAGGGAUGUCCUUACGUAGAUGUGUCCUCUGGUCCUAGAUCCCCCACUAUAGGAAACAUCCUCUCCAUAUCCACUCUAUCUAUGAGUUUCUCUCCCAGUUUCACCUAUGUGUUUCUCCCUCUACUCCCCCACUGCCUCUGGUCUCAGCCCAAAACGUCAGCAGUACUCUUUUCCAUAGAUGCUGCCUGACCUGCUGAGUUCCUCCAGCAUUUUGUGAGUGGGUGGUAAUCACCAGCUCUGCUCCUUUUUAUUUCUCUAUCCCAGUUCACUUGCCAGUCAUCUUUCUGUCCAUGACAAGUUUCUGUCCAUUUUUAUCUAGUUUUCACAAUUUUGAUUGCCUCCCCUUUCCUCCACCCAUUUAAGUCUCUCGUUCUUGGGAGAAUAACCCCAGUGUCUUAUAAAGUAAAAUAGCAGCAAGAGAUGGUAAAUCAUCUUAGGGUUAAACCACACUGUCGGUCACCAGCUGGAGAAGGCCAGAUGCAGGUGCAUGGCACUUUAUUCAAACUGUUGUUUUAUAACUGUUAUCUCCCUGUUUCUUCCCCCGCCCCUCCAAAUCUGGUCUAACCUUACCAUCCCUGUUAAGCUGAUAUUGCUUCACUUCUCCAUUUGAACUUUUGAUUGCAACAUUUACAGAAGUUUGCAUAAUUCCAUCGAUGGAAGGAGUAUGGAGGGCUAUGGUCUGGGUUCAGAUCAAUGGAACAAGGCAGAAUAAUAAUUUGUCACAGACCAGAUUGUCUGAAGGGUCUCUUACUAUGAACAGUCUUGCAAAACAGGUUACUACUAAGUCAGCUUGGCUUUUAAUUCUGAAGGAUGAAGGGAAGGUUUGUUGCCUAUGUGAAAACUGGCAGGCUGCCCUCCUCUGUGUGUUCCAUUAGGUCAUAUGGUCAGUAGGAGCUCAAUUUAACCACCAUAUUAGACCCAUAAAAACAGGCCUUUCAGCCCAACUUUUUCAUGCUGACCAUUGUUCCCACCAAGCCAGUCCUAUUUCCCCACAUUUGGCCCCUAUCCCUUUCAACCUUUCCGAUCCAUGUGAGACCAUAAGAUGGAGAAGCAAAAUUAGGCCUGUCAAGUUUGCUCCACUUUUUGAUCAUAGAUGGUUUAUUUUUUCUUUCAACUACUUUCUUCUGCCUUCUCAUAAUCUUUGAACCACACCUUAAAUACUCUGCUUUAAAUAUACCCAUAACUUGUAUAGAUCACAACCAUCUGUAUAGAUCAUAAUAACCAGAAGACAGGUCAUUCAGCCCAUUGAGUCUGCUUCACCAUUUCAUCAUGACUGAUCCAUUUCCCUCUCAACCCCAUUCUCAUGCCUUCUCCCUGUAAUCUUUUACACUUUGAUGAAUUGAGAAUCUUACCACCUCUCCCUUAAAUACACCCAGUGACUUGGAUUCCAAAGCUGCCUGUGCAACAGAUUCCACAGAUUCACCGCCCUCUGGCUAAAGAAAUUCCUUCUUACGUGUUCUAAAUGGACAUCCUAUUCUGAGGCUGUCCUCCUGCCCUAGACUGUCCCACCAUGGCAUCCUUUCUACAUUCACUCUAUCUCGGCCUUUCAAUCUUCAAUAAGUUUCAAUGAGAUCCACCACCCUACCAAUUCUUCGAAAUUCCAGCAAGUUCCAGAGCCAUCAAUUACUUGACGUAUGAUAUGCCUAUCAUGAACUGCCUCUAAACUCUAUCUAAUGUCAGCACAUCCUUUCUUAAAAUAAGGAGCCCAGAACUGCUCAUAAUACUUCAAGUGAGGCCUCACUAAUGCCUUAUAAAGCUUCAGUAUUACAUGCUUGUUUUUAUAUCCUAGUCAUCUAGAAAUUAAUGCUAACAUUACAUUUGUCUUCCUUACCACCAGCUCAACCUGCAAGGUAACCUUUAGGGAAUCCUGCAAGAGGACUCCCAAGUCCUUCUGCACCUCUGGUUUUUGAAUUUCAUGCCCCUUUGGGAAAUAGUCUAUGCUUUUAUUUCUUCUACCAAAGUUCAUGACCAUGCAUUUCCUGGCACUGAUUUCUAUUUGUCACUCUUUGCCCCUUCUCCCAAUCUGUCCAAGUCCUCCUGCAGCCUCCCUGCUUCUUCAAAUUUAUCUGCCCCCCCACCUAUUUUUGUAUUGUCUGCAAAUGAUGGUAUACAAUGUGAAAAGUAGUAGUCCCACCACCGACCCCUGCAAAAUACCAAUAGUCACCGGCAGCCACUCAAAGUCUCCCUUUAUUCCCACUCUUUGCUGCCAGUCAGCCAAUGCUACUCAUGCUCAUAUCUUUGCUGUAAUAACAUGGGUAUUUAUCUUGUUAAGCAUCCUCAUGUGCUUCAGCUUGUCAAGGCCUUCUGAAAAUCCAAGUACACAACAUCCACUGAUUUUCCUUUGUCUCUCCUGCUUGUUAUUUCCUCAAAAACAUUCCAACAGAUUUUCCCUUAAGGAAACUAUGCAGACUUUUGCCUAUUUUACCAUGCGCACCCAAGUACCCUGAAAUCACACCUUAACAAUCAACUCCAAUAUCUUCCCAACCACUGAAAUCAGGUUAACUGGCCUGACAAGGGAUCUUAGCUCAAAAUGGCGACUAUUUCCAUCCAUAAAUGCUGCCUGACUUGCUGAGCUUCUCCAGCAGAUUGUGUGUGUGUUGCUCUAGAUUUCCAGCAUCUUGUGUCUGGCCUGUAAGUUUUUCUUCUGCCUUCCUCUCUACUUGAAGAGUUGAAUGACAUUUGGAAUUUUCCAGUCCUCGGGAACCAUGCCAGAAACUAGUAAUUCUUGAAAGGUCAUUACUAAUGCCUCCACAAUCUUUUCAGCAACCUCUUUCAGAACCCUAGUCCAGAUGAUUUAUCUACCUUCAGACCUUUCAGUUUCCUAAGCACCUUCUCCCUAAUAAUAACUACAGUUGUCUGUGGUAAUGAAAUUCCUUAUAAUCAUCACCCUCCGGCUAAAGAAAUUCCUUCUCAAGUACUUAUCCAAAUGUCUUCUAAAUGUUGCUGUUAUAUGUGCCUCAACCACUUCCUCUACCAUCUCAUUCCAUAUACAUACAUUCUUCCUUUUCAUAUAUGUUGCAGCAUUUUGCUUCUAUGUUGCCUCACAGGCUUUAUACAGGGUCUUAUUUGUAGCAAAUGUUCAUGGUCUUUAUUAUCUACAUCUCAAUCCAACUGCUGAAGAGUCCAGAAAGUUUCAACUUCUGGCAUCUUCUAGGUCUUGGACUCGCUCUGCUCCAUCUGUAAAUCCUCUGUGCCGAAGCUCACUACAAAGCAGCAUGGCACCGUCCCUUUUGAGCCUGGCUUCUUAUCUGAUGCCUUGAUUAUCCACUAAGUUGCUUCUAGCAUGUUGAAGGCUGGUAGAUUCUGACGGGAGUUAUUGGGACGUGGGGGAGAAUAGAAAUAAAAAUGGAAAUGAGUAUCCUAUGGUCAGCAUGGACAUAGUGGGUCAAAGGGCCUUUUCUGUGCUGAAUGGCUCAGUUACCUGCCAAUGUUUGUUACUGUGCAUAGUUGACUUGCUUUACCUGGACAAAAAACAGACAUAUUGCUUACAGUUAUACUGCUCCCUGUAUCUAUUCUUAAGACCAUAAGACAUGGGAGCUGAAUCAGGCCGUUCGAACCAUUGGGUCUGCCAUUCCAUCAUGGCUGAUUUAUUUUCCUUUUCAACUCCAUUCUGCCUCCUCCCGAUAACCUUUGACUCCCUUACUAAUCAAAAACUAUCUACCUCUGCUUUAAAUAUGAUUGGGCCUCCACAGCCGUGGAGUAUUUAAGGGGGGCGGAAGGAGGCAGUUCAUCCCAUUGUGCAAUAGCUGGCUCAGUAAAAGCACUCUUCAGUUAGUCCGCCCACACCCCAGCUUUUUCAGUCACCUACAAAUAUUUCCCCUUUCCAAAGUACAAAGUAACAGUCUUUUGACUGUUACUAUUGGAUCUGUUUUGAACCACUUCACCACUAUUCCUCCUCGCCUCUGCGUACUGAUGAACCGAUUAGAAUUCGACUUUUUCUUUUGAUGUAAGCACACAGAACGGAUAAUACUGUAAUCUCCAUGUCAGUCUUCCCACAUUCAGAUUCUGGCUGUUGCAAGGAAAGUGCCGUAGGUUUAUCCACUCAAACUAAAACUGAUUAAGGAGUACAGAUCACAUGAGCAGUUGUGGGAAUUCAGUUAAAAUCACAGCUAAUUUGAUCAGUCUUGCUGCAAAGACCUGAGAAAGAGCCUGGGUUUUAGAAUUGUUACAGAUUUUAAUUGGAGAUUGAUUAUCUCAGCACUCUGCAGCAUUGGUUUUCUCCCAAGCUUUGACUGGUCCCGCUGUUAGUUCUCUCAUUUUGGGAUCAAUUUUACCCUUUUAUCUUAAAUACCAGAGAUGCUAUAAGUUCUGGAAAUCCAGAGCAACACACACAAAAUGCUGAAGGAAUUCAGCUGGUCAGACAGCAUUUAAGGAGGGGUAUGAACAGUCAAUAUUUUGGGCUUUCAUCGCCACUUUUUCCUCACUUCUCCCCUCUUCCUUGCCAGUCCUGAUGAAAGAUCUCAGCUUGAAUUCCACUCACCUCUCCCACCACAUGAGAACGUAAGAAAUAGUGGCAGGAGAUGGCCAUCUGUUUCUUUGAUCCUGCCCUGGCAUUCGUUAAGAUUGUGCCUCAUCUUGUACCUCAGCACCACUAUCCAGCAAUUCCCUCGAUUUGGGCAGAAGAAAAGAGAUAGAUAGAUUUGCCCAGUUCAUUCUGGAUCAGGUCAUUCCAUCACUGAACCCUACUCUGCUGAUUUUGUUGGUUGGACCAGUAUUUUGAAGUUUGUUAUCCACUUCCUGCCCAUAACUAUACAGCACAAGGCAAGCCAUUCAGUCCAUCAUGUCUGUGCUGGCUGUUUGGGGAAAACGUCAGUUAGUCCCCCUUUUUCUCAGUAGCCCAGUACAUCUUUAUUCAUGGAAAGAUAAAUUAACAAACUCCAGGACUAAAUGUGGUUGGGGAUGCUUGACGUGGGAAUGUAGGCUGGAUGCUUUGCAGGAUUUGAGCCUUAUUCCAAAAUGAAGUACUGCAUUGUCUAGUACUGAGAGAGGUCUAUUACCAGAGCUGAUCCUGGGUUUGUUAUUGCAUUCAAAUCCACAGGGUAGCUGCCUUGUGCAAGCUUGCAGCUGACAUGGGACACUUAUCUCCUUCCAAUUCACCCUGACCCUGAGGAUGAUUUCUUAAAGCCCACUUGCAAAGUGAUAAUGGAAAGAAGGCUGGCAUGUUGCCGAUGAUCUCCUUGGUAUAACAAAGAUAUAAAACAUCUGAGAAUAAUGUGAGAAUGGGAGUAGACCAUAUGGUCCCUGAAGCAGCUGGCCAAUUCAAUCAAAACUGAUUCUGCAAUCCAUUCUUCAAUUAGGGCUUGUACUGACUGGUGUUCAGGAGAAUGAAGAGGGAUCUCAUUGUACCCUAUCAAAUAUUGAAAGGCCUAAAUAGAGUGUACAUUGAGAGGAUGUUUCCUGUUGUGGGGGCAUCUAGGAGCAGAGAGCCUUAGAAUAGGACAUCCCUUUAGAAUGGAGAUGGCAUCAAAGGUUAUGAGUGAAGCCAGGAGGAAUGGGGUUGAGAGGGAAAAUGGAUCAGCCAUGGUCAAUUGGUGGGGUAGAUAACCUAAUUCUGUUCCUGUUUUUUUUUAUGGUUUAAACCUACAGAUCACAGCCUUGAGUGAUACUCCAUGACCCUUUGCUUCACAAGAAAGUUGUCUCCCUCUCAAUUUACAAAUGAUCAAUCCAUAACACCAUGCCUCCAGUAUUAAAUUGUCCAGCUUGGAAAAACAGUCUCACCAUACUGAUCCUGUUUCAAAAUUAUUCCACAAUGUGAACCUGAAUUUUCUCCCAAACCAACAUGGACAGGGCUUGCACAUAAAAAACUUAGAAAGUUACAAACAAAAUAAUGGGAUUAAACUGUUGCUUUUUCAAAGGACCAGUACAUGUUUAACAGGUUGGAUGCUGCCUUUUUGUGCCCUUUUCCCUGAUAGGCAGAUCUUUGAAUUUAGUAUUGUUCAUGUCCAUGUUUUGCUCUUACUUCCUAACUGUCCUUGAGAUGAUGGUGUGAGUCACUAUCUUGUGAAGUGAAGUUGCUUGCACAGUCCAUGGUGGUGGCUUACACAUGGGGAAACAAAAGCAGUACAGCACAAUACAGGCCCUUUUGUCCAUAAUGUUGUGCCGUCCUUUUAAUCUACUCUAAGAUCAACCUAACCCUCUCCUCCCACACAGCCUUACAUUUUUCUUUCAUCCAUGUGUCUACCCCAGAGUCUCUUAAAUGUCCCUAAUGUAUCUGCUUUUAUACCAUCCCGCUCGGUGUGUUCCACAUUUACCACUUUGUAUCUAUCAAAAACUUAGCUCUGACAUCCCCCUACUUUCCUCCAAUCCCCCCUCGUUAGCCAUUUCCACCCUGGAAAAUAGUCUGUCUGUCUCUUAUCUAUACACCUUUGUGUAUAGGCAUUGGGGCAUCAUCCUUUGCUCAGAGAGAAUAGCCCUAGCUUGUUCAACCUUUCCCCAUAAGACAUGUUACCAGCUUUGAUAGGAAGGGCUUUAGGAUUGGUUCCAAUGCGAGCAGUUCAUCCUGGCUUCUUCAGGCCUUGAUGAUCACUAAUGUGAUUAUUAGGUGAUUUAAAAAUUGAAACAAUCAGAUGCCAUUACCCUGGCUGUUCAUUCCUGCUCCUGUAUAAGUGCAAUAUUUUCAAAUUGUGCUGAAUAUUAUUGUAUUAAAUGCUAAUGACCAGCAAUGUUGUGAUCUGAAUUCUGGCUCCAGGUGGCAAUCUGACAUCAUCACAUGGCAGGACUAAAUCCAGUUUAUGUUGUAGAGCAACUCAAACAAACCCUCAAUUUUCCUGCCCCUAGACAACUUUGCCUCCCAUCCUCCUCUACCUUCACUUAAGAUGCUUUUGCUGUGGCUUGGUCCAGUUUUCCUUGUAAAGCACAUUGGGGCAUCUUACUGGGCAAAGGGCACUAUAUAAAUCCAGCACUGUGCUGUGUUACUAUCUGGGCAACUGUUUGUAAUAUGCAACAAAACCUGCUUGAAUUCUAAAACAAUACAACCCUCUAACCACAGCUGUCGAUUUUCAAAGGUAGUUAGGCUGUGUAGUGAUCCUUUGAUAAUUUUUGAACUUUUAUUUCAAAGUAUAUAUGUUGUAUGUCACCAUAUACCUUGAGAUUCAUUGUGAGAUAUGACAAUUGAAGUCUUUUAUUCAACAUAUGUCCCAGUUGAGGAGAGACCUGGUGUGCUAGAUUGUAGUUAGAGUGCUUAGAUUUGCUACAUAAUGGAAGGUAGUUUCUUUGUCCUCUCCCACCCCUCAACUAAGCCAUUUUUUACCCAUCACCCUUUGCUUCACUUGAGUCACUGAGGCUGACCCACUGCUUUGCCAGCUGUCGUUUUAUAUUUCAGCCUGACUUCUACCCCUACCUUGCCCAAUGUAAACUAAAGGAGCAGCGUCUCAGUUUCCCUCUGCCCACAUUAAGACUUAAUACUGAUUUUAAUCACCACAAAUGCAGCUGCACCUAUCAUUUCAAAUUUAAUUUUUCCCCUCUUUUUACAUUCUCCAUUCUGGCUCCCAACUCACCCUUUCUCUUCUCCUCAACUGCACACUCCUCUAGUUCCCCUCUUCCAUCCUUUUCUCCAAUUGUCCACUCUUCUCUCCUAUCAGAGUCCUUUUCUGUGCCCUUUACCUCUUCCACCUAUCACGUCCCAACUUCUUACUUCAUCCUCCCUCUCCAAACACCCACCUAACCUCCUCACUUGGUUUCAGCUAUCACCUGCCAGCUUGUACUCUUUCCCCUCCUCCCACUUUGGCCCCUUCCUCUCCAAUCCUGAUUAAAGGUCUUGGCGUUAAACAUUGAUUGUGCAUUGCUCUCCAUAGUUGCUUCCCAACCUGCUGAGUUCCUUCAGCAUCUUGUGUUUGUUCCUCUGGAUUUUCAGUAUCUGCAGAAUCUCUUGCGUGUUUGUUUUAUUUUUCAUAUCUUUCUCCAUAGGUAUUUAAACUGACUCUUGCCUUGACAGCAGAGGUCUGCAGCCCAUCACUGAUAUUUCCUUAAUCCUUUCCAACCAUCUUGUUUUCUCACCUUUCCAAUUCCACUAGGGCUUUGUCUAGAAAUAUCUAUGUGCUUUCUCACCCAAGAGAUGCUGUCUGACCUGCUGAAACCCCCGACGUUUUGUGUGUGUUGUUCUGGGUUUCCAGUAUCUGCAGAAUGUCUUCUGUUGAUUUCCAGCAGCUUCUGUUUUUGUUCUCUUAUGGGCUCCCACUCUGUGAGUGCAUUUCUCUGGGAUUUCUGGGAUUUCCACCUGUGUUCAAAUCCUCUGUAGUCUUAAGUCUCCCAUUUCUGCCACAUUUCGUGCAUCCUCCAUUUUCCCAGUUUUUGCCUUUCCAUUGCCUCCCCUCUCCAUCCAUCCCUUCCACUGUUCUCCUGCACAUUGGCCUACCCCUGCUCCACCAUCCUAAUGUCUGCUUUUCUGGCUUCCUGUCAAAUGUUACACAUUUACCUUCCCGUGCAACGCCUUGGGGGUCCCCCACUAUGUCAGAGUACCACCUGUAAACAAGUUUCUCCUUGUAAACCAGGAUGCAGCCCGCCUAAGAAAAUAGGAACGUGAUCACCGGGUUUCUGCAGUGGAGUUCCAGCCCAGAGGUGUAUAGAGUGCCAGUGCUGCAGAGAUGGGGCAGUUGUACAUCGGAUGCUAAAAAGGCACAGCCUGAAAUCAUUAAGAGUUAGUAUUAAGUCCCUGGAGUUGCCCAGUACCCAAACACAAGAUGAGGUGCUGUUGUAGGGUUUCAUUGCAGAAGUCCUGAUAGACAGUAGACUGGAGACAGAGGUCAGAAUGGAUUAGAUGCACUCAUUAUUACAACCCACUCUUUCUCCCACUGACCACUGCUGCUGGAGUAGAUUAGGUCUUAGGAUCAUGGGCAAUCUUGCAUCCUAAUUCUAGAAUAAGAGACACAAGCAGGAGUUGGCUAUUUGGCCCCUCAGAUCUAUUUCCAUAUUCGUAAAGAUCAUGUUGAUUUUUCUCGCAUUUGGCUCCAGUGCUCUGCCUACUCCUGAGAACUCUCAAUCCUUGUGUAGGCUACAAACUUUUCUGCCUUGGCUUUCCAUUUUGUAGGAUGUACCAAUUUGUAGCAUGUUUUGUGGGCAUUUUGACCAACAUUAUUUAAAAAACAAUUAGUUGUUGCAGGGCUGGAAUAUUUCAAUAACUCGGUCAUGGAAAGAGCACUUGCAGAUUCUAGGUCCAUCUCCUCUGCUGGAUCAUCUGUUGACUGGUCAAGGUAUUGCAAUGAAGAAUCCACAACACUUACCUCACAAAUAGGAUGAAUCCUAACUCUUUUGUGAAGUAAUAAACCUUACUCAUCCCUGAAAGUGGAGCAUGGAGGUGAACAGUGCAGUGCAGAUUCAGGCUAAGAUUACCUACUUCAAGAUUGCACCUCUUGCAUCCAUUUCUCAAAAUCUUUGCAGGGAAUCAAGGAUCGAGCUCUCUCACCUCUGCUGCUUUUCAGUGUCGCAGAGACAGAGUUGGGAAACACUGGCCAAAGAUCCCUUUUCUUUCUCUCUCUCCCCCUCUCCCCCCACUCUCUCCUGUUUCUGGAGAAUGCAGGUAGGAAAGAGAACAGCAGAAAUUUGAAUGUGGCCACAGACCACUGGGUAUAUUCUAUUGAGACUUGGAGCUUGUUAUUAAGGGGAUCAGACAUGACACCAGCCUGACAUUCCUUUCAGAUGGGAUGGGAGAACAAUGAAGCAGAUUGCAAGUUCAUUCGGAAACUGUAACUAUGGUGAAGUUCAGGCAUUCAAAUCUAUCUCCUGCAGUGUUAUUAUUUUACCACCCCUCCCCCAUUUCUUAAAUUUGUUACUUCUUCAUGUUGCCCUUGUUCUGCUAUUCUUGAGAAAGGGUAAGGUACACAUUGUUGUGGGAUCAGACACUGUGUUCAGUUAGCUAUCAUCCCAGUGCCUGCUAACUGAGGAGGCACUCAGAGCUAAAACAAUCAGCCUUUAUGGAAGUGGAGAAUUCACUAAGCGCUAAGGGAGAUGGAAAUUAUCUUGUUACAAAUUAAACCUUUAGAAACUCAACAGAUAUGGGAAAAAACACAGAUUUCUCUCCUCUAAUCUUGAAACUCUGUCUUUAGCUUAUAGGCAAGCUGAAAAGUAGAAAUUUCCAAUUCUGAAAAUACCCAGAAUCUUGUCCACUUUUUUUCAGUUAUGAUAAUUAACUGAAAAACAGUAGUCUUGGCUUACAGCAGAUAAAGAUGGGCAGACUUUUAUUUACAUAGUGCCUUUCACGAUCAUCCACCCAAUGUACCUUUUGAGUUACAGACAUAGUUCUAAUUGUGACGGCCAGUUGCCAUGAAGCAAAACCAGUGAUGUCCAGAUAAUUUAGUGGUGUCAGCUGAUGAAUACUGAGGAAAAUAUCUGCUCUUCAGAGAUGUGGCAUCAAGGGAUUCUUUUAUAUCCUGAGAAGGCAGACUGUGCCUCAGUUUAACGUUGCAUCCAGCAGCCCUACAUUUUUGUGUGGACUGGAAUUAGGAAUGAGCCCACAGCCCCCUCACUUCAGAGAGUGUCAUCAACUGAGCCCCUCACAGUGAACAGAGCUUUACUUAUCUAGACAUCCUGUAAUGAAUCCGAUCUUCCCAAAGUGUUCCUAUUGGUAACUCAUGCAUAAUGUCCAUUUACAAUAGUCAACUGAAGAUUUUAAAGAUAAUUUAAUCAGAUGAAGUUAACACAAAGUGUUGGCAAAGUUCCAGUCACUUGUUCUCUGUUACACAUGUCAAUAUUUGUUCUGAAAAAAACCUUAGUUUUCCAUGAUUUUAAAAUAGGCUUUAAAAAAUUCAAAGAAAACAGUUUGUGUUUAACUUAAAUAUGAAACAUUUCUGUAAAUAGUGUAUUUAUGCUGAACAUGUGACCAUAAAUUCACUAUUUAUAGAAAUGAAAAUUGCUUUGGAUUUUUUCAAAGUUCUAAUUUAAGUUUUAGGUUUUAUAAUUUAUAUUUUAGUUUUUAUAAUUUAAAAUUAAGCAGAAAUUGUACAAGCAUGAGCAUUCCACAAAGAGAUUUAAAAUGUAAAGUGCAGUUGUACUGGGUUAAUAAGAUUGUACAGUAAGGAGAGACUUAAAAGGUUUCUUAUCAAGUCAUUCUGAUAUUUGAACCAUCAUGACCAUCUGAGUGAGUAACCACAGGAUUGUUGCUGUGGAUGUAAUACUUAAUCAGGCAGAGCAAGAGAGACUGUGUGCACACUUCUCUGCCCAGUUUCAGUCUCGAUAGACAAGCAAGCCUCCAAGUCAGCCAUUGAUUAUGGGUCUCUUCAAUAAAUGAAGUUCAUACUUAUUUUUUUCAAAGGCCAGGGUGGCCAGUAAACUAUGUGUGGAUGUAUAGAUACAGUGGAUUAUGGUUAAUUGGGACACAUCGGGACCAGUAAAUUUUGGCCCAGUUAAGCAGCUGCCACAAUUUCAUGGAAAUAGUUAAAAAGGUAUAAAAAAGACAGUGAGUAACGAAUUAUGUAUUUAAACAAAAUACAGAACAAAUCAGAACACUGCUAUAAACCUGUGUAUUAGUUCCUAAUACUUGUUGAUGGAGAAAUUCAUCUGUGUCACAUUCUUUUGACUGUAAAUGAAAAUCAGUGAAGACACCUAGUGCUGAUAGACUGCCUGUAUCCAAUUCUAUUGACGAUUGUGUCCUCCAAAUCUUCACGUUCAUUGUAAUCAUUUAAGAUGAUUAUCAAUACUUUCAGGUUCUUCAUAGUUCUUAACAUUUUGCAGUAGUGAAAUAGUUUCAUUUUUCACUCCUGGCCAUUUCUGGCAUCGCCAAGCCUGAAUGCUUGAAACCACAAUGAGCAAAACAGUUAUGUAUUGUCUUACUGCUUAUUUCUCAGCAACUAUCAGUGACAAAAAAAAUUGAUGCUUUUUGAACACAAAGGCAUGCAAUUGACACUAUUUAAAAACUGCUUGAAGUUAUGGUGUGUCUUAAGGCCACGCAAGUGUAUGCGGCUGUUGCUAGUUAGAAAGUGUUCACCAAGUCUUCUGCCCCAGUUAAGUGGCAUAGUGUCCUAAAUAAACAAAGUGAAUCAGGGCUACUUUCUUGAUUAGUUUUUGUUGUUUUUUAAGAGUGUCCCAAAUAAACUGCUGCCAUGAUUAACCAAUGGCCCAGUUAACUGGAAUCCACUGUAUAUCUGUGUAUGUGUGUGAUGAUCUAUAAACAUACAUCUAAAAAAUUAAUUUUAUUUUAGCAGUACAUUUGAUAAUGAGUGCUCAGGCCUUUGAUACUGUAGAAUUAAAGGAGACUUUCCUUAAAUAAUAAGUUUGAUGGAAAUAACUUCGGUUGUCUGGGCUAUCCCUAUGACCAAAGGCUGAAGUUUACUUGAAUUACACCAAAUCUGAAUUCUUGAUACAGAAUUGAAAAUAUGGUGGUAUAUCUGGUGUCACCAGUCAUCCCUUUGCCAAUGGGGUUGAGAUGAGGGGAUUAGUUUAGCAAGGAUGCAGCCAACCUUAAACCCUCCACCGCCCUACCCCACCUCUCCCUCCCUGGUGAGGUUUGGUUGUAAUGAACUGGCAUUUUAGAACGGCUUUAGAACCACCUUAAUCAGCUCACGUGGUCCUUGCUUGACCUGUGAACAUACUCCAUCCCACCACUUACUCCAACCAUGAAUGCGGACAGGAAAUCUGUAUUUGUAUAAAGUAAAAUCCUCUCAACAUGUACCCUUUGAUGCAUGGUCCACACAGCGCACCGUUAGAAUUCAGAGAAAAAUGUUUAUUUAUAAAGUAUGUGAAUUAUAUUAUGAUCUUGUAUGAAACUGUAAUUCAUACUUUGCUUUAAGUUAUCAACGGCGAGUUGGAUGUUCAUUUAAUGUGUUCCCCUUUCCAUCUGCAACUUUCUUCUCUCGCAUUCUUUCUUUCUGUUUUUCACACUUUCUCUCACUCUCAUUCAGCCUGUCUCCUGUUUCUAUUUAUUCUUUCCCUCACUCACUCCUUUUCCUCUUUCCACCAACUCUCUCACUCCCAUUUUCUUUUCUCUUUCUUGACCUAUCCACUGCUCCUUUUCUGUUUAAUUACAAUGUGUUGGGUUUUAAUGCAACUAGUGUUCUGUUAAAGCCUUUCUAUCCAAUACUCCUUCACUGGGGUAAUAGGGGAAUAGGUGCUAGCAUUGUGUGAACUAAGUUUCCCAUUUUAAUUUUCCAGUUCCUCCCAGAACUGAGUUUGUAUUUUUAAGUUUUUUUUCUAAUUUCUUAUUUAUGCUAUCUCUGUUUCAACACGAGCAGCGCCAUGCUGUGCUUAUUCUAACUGUUCCCUAAUGUGUGUAUUUUAUUAAAGUUAAUAAAAUAUUACUUGGACAUUA